AACUCCCAAUUGACUGCUCUUCUUCCUCUUUCUCUGCUCCGUUCCUCCGUUUGGACAUUUCGUCGGGUAAUCGGCCCAUGCCAUGGCGUUCUCGGGGCGACUCCUCCUCCUCAGGGCCAUGAGAAAGCGCCGCACUUGGCUCUGCCUCUUCCUCCUCGCCUACGCGCUCCUCCUCUACUCCUCUUGGACCUUCCUCCUCUUCAUCCACUCAUGGCACCACGCCUCCACCUCCUCCUCCGCCUCCGCCGGGUGGCUGGCGCUGUGCGCGUCCUUGAUGUACGGAUCCGUGUUCGGGCUGCUGGCCAUGGGGUCCGCCCUCGCGGUGGCGGUGCCCGCCACGCUGGUCACGUGGAUCACUAUCCUGGUGCUGCUCGCCUUCGCCGGGAAGCCGCGCGGGGCGCUGGUGAUGGAAGGGCUGGGCAUCACCGCCGAAAUCGCGGCCGUCGCCAUCAAGGUACUCGUCCGCGAGGGCAGCGUCGUCGCUGGCGUCUGCGCCGGGAUCAGCUUCUUCGCCCUCUUGUUGACUAGCCGGAGAGGCGUCGGAGGAGACCGUGAGUUGUGAGAUCGUAUUGCUCACCGAGUUUUUUGUGCUGAAAUAUUGUAGAAGGAUUUGUUCCGUAGGAAUUAGGAUGGAUAUAAAUAAUUAUUUAUUCAGCUAUUUGGCUUCAAAAAUUUACAAGGAUUUCGUUA